GAGUCCAAAGUAGUUUAUUUGAGUAGUAUGAAUUCUGAAUUCUCACAAAAUAGGAGAAUUUACAUAGACGAACUGGAUACAACAGGAAUGGACGUGUUCAAGGGUUAUUCACUGGUGGAAAACCGUCGAGUUAAGCUUGUCGACAGACGAAAAUCAGAACCUAAGAAGAAUCAGUGGAAGGGUCUACACCACAAUCCACCAACAUUUCGCAUCGAAUUCGUUCCAACAAAUCUUGAGAAGCUAGGACUGAAAUUUGAUGGACUGGUUCAAGAAUCAGAAGUCGAUAAGUACAGCAUCAGUCGUGCUCGGCUCGCCCAACAAGUAGAAUUUUGGAACAACCCAGUACUUGACGAGACAACCAUCAACAGUCUUGUCGUCACCUCAAUUUUCAAGGAAUCUCCCUACGAAUAUUUCGAUUACAGAGAUGAAGGGCCGAUGAUUGGAAUAUUCAAACGUUCUGGAAAUACGAAAGGGCAAGCAGUUUGGAUAAAUUUGAUUGAGGCUCAGAUCCUCAUCAAGUUAUUCAUAUAUUUACUCAACCGGAAAAUUGCACAGCUAACGUCAACUAGUCGCAAAAAGCAGGUUGAGUUUAAUUUGCAAUUUAAUCAACAGUCCUGCUUCUACGAUCCAGUCAACUUUAUCGACCUCGGGGUAUCCAGAGACUUUGUUGUCACCGGGCCAGCUGAAGACGUCAAAUUAGAAGAGUUGGUUGAAAAGUUAACCUUUCAACAAGAAAAUUUUGUCGGGGGUGACGUGGUCUACCCAGUGGGAUCGAUUGACGUUCUUCAUUCGGAAAUUAACAGCGCACAACUUUUUGCUCUGUUAAAGAAGCGAGGUAGUGAUGCUGGACAACGAAUAUGGUUCAGUUGUCAUGAGCUACAACAUCUUCUCCAAAUCCUUGUCCAACGUGUAAAACUGGGAAUCGCACAACUCCAACGUGACAUAAAUGGAUAAAUUUUUCCAACUUUUUAUUUUUACUCAAUUAUUUCUGUUUUCUUUUGCUAUCAAUAAUAAUACUAAUAAUAAUAAUAAUAAUAAUAAUGCAACCAUUGUUGAUCAGUGUCUGUCCUGUAUUGAGUAUGGUGAGACUGUAUUUAUUAAAUCCGUGUGGUUUGCGUUAAGUACACCGGAUUAUAGAUGUAUAAGUAGACGAUUCUUUUCAACUUACAAAGGGUUUAUAGUUGACUUUACUUGUAGUUCAGAUUACUGUCCUAAAAUUGAAAACUCUCCUAAUAGAUUUAUUUGGAAUAAUUAUACUUCUUAUGACUGUUCUAAAGUUGUUGACUGGAAUCAAGUAGACAUUUCUCCUCAAACUUAUUUCUUGUGGAUUCAAGUGGUCUUAUUGAUGGUCAUCCUACUUUUUGUGGUGAUUGGUUUCCUUGUCCGUAGUCGAACACUGUUUACUCGUUUAAAUGUCUGUCACCACUGAUCGUGACACUAUGUAUAUAGAAGCUGUUUAGUAAUUCACCCCCACACAUCUCUGUUUGUUACAACCACUCCAACUAUACUUUAGUCUCAACAUGGACACCACCACCCGGAGAAAUUUUGAAGUUAUUCACACUCUGACUGUAUCUAGUUGUAGAAUGUUUUCUUGUUUUCAUUUUUUUUGUAAAUAAAAAUAAUAAUGUCAUCUGACAAAAUAAAACGAUUGUAUUUUAACCCAAAAUUGAGUGGGAGUUAUAGUGGAUUAAAUAAUUUUUAUAACGAAAGACAUUUAAAACUCUCCAAGAAAGAUGUGGAGAAAGAGUUACUAAAGUUACCUGAGUAUUAUCUGUACCGACCAGCAUUAAAAAAAUUCAGAAAACGACGAGUUAUGACGUAUUUCCCUAAUUGGAUUCUCACCUUUGAUCUUAUAUCAUUGUUACAAUAUAAAAAUGAAAAUAAUGGUUAUAGGUUAGUUGUCAUUUCAUAAAUGUUGAAAUACUUUAAUCAAAUAUAAAAUAAAAUAAAAAUAAAUAUUCUAGCUACA